AGAGAGGCUGCGUUUGUUGCGCAUGCAUAUAGUGCGUGUGUCUGUCUACAGGGGGUGAUGUCAGUGCCCCGAAGUGAGAGCGAGAGCGGGCUUGGCUAGGGACCAGCAGCAGCAGCAGCAGAAGCAGCAGCAGCCACGGGCUCGCUCUCCCCUUGCCCUCGCCGAGCCAGGAGGAGGAGGGUCGCCAGUCCAUGCCUUUGAGCCAGGAGAGGGAAUGGCAGUCCUCAAGCUCACAGACCAGCCACCGCUGGUCCAAGCAAUUUUCAACGGUGAUCCUGAUGAAAUACGUAUGUUAAUCUACAAAACAGAAGAUGUUAAUGCUUUGGACACAGAAAAGCGUACCCCUCUUCAUGUCGCUGCUUUCCUGGGGGAUGCAGAGAUCAUUGAGCUCCUCAUCUUGUCAGGCGCCCGUGUCAAUGCCAAGGACAAUAUGUGGCUGACCCCUCUCCAUCGAGCAGUGGCUUCAAGGAGUGAAGAAGCAGUGCAAGUAUUGAUCAAGCAUUCAGCUGAUGUCAACGCGCGAGACAAGAACUGGCAGACGCCCCUCCAUGUCGCAGCUGCAAAUAAAGCCGUGAAGUGUGCCGAAGUGAUCAUCCCCCUCCUGAGCAGCGUCAACGUCUCUGACAGGGGUGGUCGGACUGCGUUGCACCACGCAGCCCUGAAUGGCCACGUUGAAAUGGUGAACAUGCUUUUGGUGAAAGGAGCAAACAUUAAUGCCUUUGACAAAAAGGACCGAAGAGCUUUGCACUGGGCAGCAUAUAUGGGCCACUUGGACGUUGUUUCCUUGCUGAUCAGCCAUGGUGCUGAAGUGACAUGUAAGGAUAAAAAAGGUUACACUCCUCUUCAUGCUGCGGCAUCCAACGGGCAGAUCAAUGUAGUGAAACACCUCCUCAAUCUUGGCGUGGAGAUUGAUGAAAUGAACGUCUAUGGAAAUACUGCACUUCAUAUUGCUUGUUAUAAUGGGCAGGAUUCUGUGGCUAAUGAGCUGAUUGACUAUGGCGCUAAUGUCAACCAACCUAAUAACAGCGGAUUCACUCCUCUGCAUUUUGCUGCUGCCUCUACCCAUGGAGCUCUUUGCCUUGAACUGCUAGUGAAUAAUGGGGCAGAUGUUAACAUUCAGAGUAAAGAUGGGAAGAGUCCACUGCAUAUGACAGCUGUACAUGGCAGGUUCACUCGGUCUCAAACCCUUAUCCAGAAUGGAGGAGAAAUUGACUGUGUUGAUAAGGAUGGCAACACACCUCUUCAUGUGGCUGCAAGAUAUGGACAUGAGCUCUUGAUUAACACCCUAAUAACCAGUGGAGCUGAUGCUACCAAAUGUGGUGUCCACCGUAUGUUCCCUUUGCACUUGGCAGCACUUAAUGCUCAUGCUGAUUGCUGUAGGAAAUUGCUGUCAACAGGACAAAAGUAUAGCAUAGUGUCCUUGUUUAGUAAUGAGCACGUGCUGUCUGCAGGCUUUGAAAUAGACACCCCAGAUAAAUUUGGAAGGACGUGCCUCCAUGCCGCGGCUGCGGGCGGUAAUGUUGAUUGUGUGAAACUCUUGCAGAGCAGUGGAGCAGAUGCCAAUAAAAAAGACAAAUAUGGAAGGACACCUUUGCACUAUGCAGCUGCAAAUUGUCAUUUCCAAUGUAUGGAGACACUGGUGACCAUGGGGGCCAAUAUUAAUGAAACAGAUGACUGGGGACGGACGGCUUUACACUAUGCUGCUGCCUCCGACAUGGACAGAAAAAGAAAGAAUGUUUUGGGUAACUCCCAUGGAAAUGCUGAAGAACUUGAAAGAGCCAAUGAGAUGAAGGAAAAAGAAGCUGCAUUGUGUCUAGAAUUCCUUCUUCAAAAUGAAGCUAACCCAUCCAUCCAGGACAAAGAUGGAUACAAUACAGUGCACUAUGCUGCUGCUUAUGGACACAGACAGUGUUUGGAACUGCUUCUGGAAAAAACGAAUAAUGUUUUUGAAGAAUCAGAUUCGUCAGCUACAAAAAGCCCUUUGCACUUAGCUGCCUACAAUGGUCAUCACCAAGCCUUGGAGGUGCUCCUUCAAUCUCUGGUAGAUCUGGACAUCAAAGACGAAAAAGGACGUACUGCCUUGGACCUUGCUGCAUUUAAAGGACACGCUGAAUGUGUUGAAGCUCUUAUCAACCAGGGUGCUUCUGUUACCGUAAAAGAUCAUGUCAGCCAGCGAACCCCACUUCAUGCCUCAGUCAUUAAUGGACAUACACCAUGUUUACGGCUUUUAUUAGAAGUAGCAGAUAAUCCUGAUGUGACAGAUGCCAAAGGACAGACUCCACUGAUGCUAGCUGUGGCUUAUGGGCACAUAGAUGCUGUUUCCUUGUUACUUGAAAAAGAAGCAUCUGUGGAUGCAGCCGAUGUCCUGGGAUGCACUGCUUUACAUCGAGGGAUUAUGACAGGACAUGAGGAAUGUAUUCAGAUGUUGUUGGAACAAGAAGUAUUGAUUUUGUGCAAGGAUGCCCGAGGCCGGACACCUCUACAUUACGCCGCAGCCCGUGGACAUGCCACGUGGCUGAGUGAAUUACUGCAGUUGGCACUUUCAGAAGAGGAUGAUAGUUUUAGAGACGAUCAGAAUUACACACCGUUACACUGGGCUUCUUAUAAUGGCAAUGAAAGCUGUAUAGAGGUACUGUUGGAACAGAAACCUUUCCAAACCUUUAGUGGGAACCUUUUCUCCCCUCUGCACUGUGCUGUAAUCAAUGAUCAUGAAAAUUGUGCAUCGCUACUCAUUGGGACUAUUGGUGCUGGCAUUGUCAAUUGCAAAGACGACAAAGGAAGGACGCCACUCCAUGCGGCAGCCUUUUCUGAUCACGUCGAAUGCCUGCAGCUUCUUUUAAGCCACAACGCCCAAGUCAACGCUGUGGAUAAUUCAGGGAAAACACCACUUACAAUGGCUGCUGAAAAAGGGCAUGUAGGGGCAGUAGAUUUUUUGGUGAACAACGCCAAGGCCGAUUUAACUUUGAAGGAUAAGGACUUGAAUACAUGCUUGCACUUGGCUAGCAGUAAAGGACAUGAAAAAUGUGCCUUGUUGAUACUUGACAAGAUACAAGAACAGAGCCUUAUUAAUGCAAAAAACAAUGCAUUACAAACACCUCUUCAUAUUGCUGCACAAAAUGGUUUGAAGAUGGUAGUUGAGGAGUUACUGGCAAAGGGAGCAUGUGUACGAGCAGUAGAUGAAAAUGGUCAUACGCCAGCCCUGGCUUGCGCUCCUAACAAAGACGUGGCUGACUGCCUGGCACUCAUUUUGGCUACCAUGAUGCCUUUUUCUCCUUCCAGUACAGUGAUGGCUCUCAACUUCGUUUCUUUUAAAAAAGACAAUUUGAGCAGGACGCAUCUCUGCAAUAGCUCCAGUAUGAGUAAUGCCAUUAACUCCUAUAGUAAAACAUUAAAUAAUGAUGUAGGAGCAGAAAACGGAUACAGUGAAAAUGAUUCUGAUUCUGAAACCUUUUGAUUUUAGCAUCCGGUGCUUCUUGCUUGGUUGCAUUUAGGUUUAGGUUGGUUUUCCCCCCUUAAAAAGAUCUGAAUAUCCUACCAUUACAGUUGACCUAUGCUUAUAACUGGUUAUGACUACAGCUAGGCAAUGAAAGCUUAUAGCUGGAGUUUGAACCUUUCUGAAAACUGGGAAAAAACAAUUAAAUGCAUUCUUGUUAAUCUUCUGCUACUUCCAGCUCUGUCGUAUGUUUCCAUAGGUCCUAAGGGCUUUUGUGGAAGUCUCUACCUCCUAUUUUAUGCAGAAAGCAACAGCUGCCUUUUUCCAUUUUAACAGCACAAGUACACAGGAACCACUGUGUAUAUAUUACUAUGUUAGCUGUAGUGUACUGUUAAUACAAUGACAUUUUCCAGGAUAGUGUUUGUAGCUCAUAGGAAGAAACUCCGAUCUUCCUUCCUUUUAUUGUUGUUUUUUUAGUCCUAUAGCCUCAGUUUUUAAGAUAUCUUUGUUAUACAAACCAAAGGAAAAGCCACAAAUGUGUUUAGUUUUUGUUUUCUUUUAGAAGAACUGCUAGUGUCAUCACUUUCUAUGGAAAUUUGAAAAAAAAUCUAAAUGCUACAUGUAUUAAGCACUCAAGUACACAAAAGGCACUUUUAAAAGCCAUUAGCCACACUGUCAUUUACAAUUUGAAAAUGUUUAGGACCAAAUUUUGUUUGUCUCUACUUGCAGCCAAGAGAUAUUAAGGCAGAUGUGAUUUGCCUUACUUUUUAUUAUUUCGCAAAAGUUUGCACGAUUUGCACUCUGCAGUUAAAGGAUCCCUAGAAAUUAAUGCCUAUGCUGCCAGGCAAUAAUCCAUUCUAAGAAAAAACAAAUUUCAUUUGAUAAUGUUUGAUAUGUUUAAAUUUAAAUUGAUUUCUUUCUUUUUUUACUUUCUGAAUUGAGGGUGUAGAUUUUGUCUUAAGCAUUGUCCAGUUUUUAAAAAUCUGUAACAUAUGAGCUAUAUUGAGUUGCUUUACACUGUAAUAGCUAUUACCGCACUUAAGAUAGAGCAGUUUAAACCAAAACACAUACAAAAUGGAAAAGCCAAGCAAUCAUCAGGAAAGUCAUAAGGAAAUUGUGAGAUACUAAAAAGGCCUACUAACAUCAGCUUCCUUACUAAACCUCUGCAUUAUGAAUAUCUACUCCUUCUGCCAAAGCUUCUAGGUCAAACGGACCCUGUUCCUCACCCGAGAAAGAUGUACAGAAAGAGGAAUGAGACUCUUAAAAAUACAAAGAACUAACCAGCUAUAUCACAAGGACCAAAAGGCGUCAGUAUCAUCAAUGGGAAGACUUUAUUAUUUUUUAACAAUGCAGGUGAAAAAAAACUUUUCUAAUAACACAUGCACACACAGUGUUUUAUGUAAUUAAAAGACCUGGCUGUAUUGUACACCUAAAGACACAAAUUUCUAGUAGAUACUUGGACAUUUGUAACUGAUGAUGAUGUGUUGAUCACAAUUUAUUUUUCCAGACUAGAUAAUGUUCAUACUUUUAAUGUUAAAUGUGUUUAUAUUUAUUUGAAAUGAAACAAGUGCCCAGAAAAAAAUGACCAUGGUUUGUUUCUACUCGUUAGUUCUUUUACGUCUUACUAGCUAUUAAUUUAGGCCUAGUAUAUGUGGUUUUAUAAGAAAAGUGGGUACAUGAUGUUUGGUUCUUAUACAGCAAGCUGUGUGUAAUAAAAAGAAAUGCUCUGUUUAUGCCUAGUUUGGCAAUGGGGAAUACCGAUAUAAGAUGCAUGAUUAAUAGUAUUGAUUCCCAGGUGUACGUCCAUGUUGGAUUUAUUCUUUUAAUAAGGAAAUGGUGCUCAUAGGACAAACCAAAAGACGAACAGUAGUGUUGGAAGGAAACCACAUCUCCUUAACAUUAAGAUUAAAAAGAAAAUUGAUCUUCAUCCCACAACAUAUAAUAGAUAUUUUUUAACCCCAUUGCAUAAUUCGCACAGAAAUAGGCCUGCAAUAUAGUUCUUCUAGGAGGUUGUGGUGUGAUCACGAAAUUAGCUGUUUACAUUUACCUCAUGUAGACGAAACACAGUUGGGAUAACAAAUGUUUGCUUAAACCUGAUUAAAUCCUUGAUUUUUGAAUAUUUGUUGUCACAAAUAUUGACAAGGCAGAUUGGAGUGGCUUUAUAGUACUGUUUUGCUACUGAAAUCAAAAAGAAAGUGGGACAAUUAUUUAGCCCAGGAAAUAUAUCAUUUUUUUUUUUGCUAUUGGGGUCUUUGCUUUUGUCAGUGCUAACAUCUGAAGAGACAAAAAAGAUCUGCAGGGAUUUUUACAGUAUGUAAAUAGAAGUAAGCAGAAUUAAGUGUGGGUCUGUAGUUGCACUGUGGCUUUAUUUGGGGAAUAUUUAUUACCCUAAGUAUAAUUAUUUCCCCAGCAAAAAAAUGCUGAUUUUAUUCUGUGAAUGCUAAAACAGUUUCUGCAUUCCUAAGCAAACUGCUCUUUAAAUCAGGGUUGAAUCCAGAUGUAAAGAAUGUCUUGUCCCUUUCUCUUCUCAGCAGCACUUUCCCCUGAAAUUUUUACACAUAAAAGUCAGAGGAACUUAGUGAAUGGGAUCCUCUAUGUUGCCCAUGAGAUAUAGACAUUUUAUUUGAUAUGUGGGUAUGAUUUACUGGAUCCAACCUAACAUUCCUAGAGCAGUUUUACACAUUUUGUUUAAUGAUGACAAUGAAAUCCAAAAUAACUGUACAUUUGAAAGCAUGCAUUUUUAAAAAUUGCCAGCCUUCUAUAACAAAAUAUCUUCCUCCUUAUAACUUGCAUGUGUUUUAAAGUGCAAUGAAAGAAGUCCCUGGUUGUGAGCCUGGUUUUCACCAAGGUCUUGAGAAAGUGUGAUCAGGCUGUAGGGGUGCCAUAAAACGCAAUGCAAUUGAAGAUGUGACCACAGACAUGUCAAGCAACAACCUUUAUGGAGUGUUGUGUGGUUUCCGGGCUGUAUGGCCAUGUUCUAGCAGCAUUCUCUCCUGACGUUUCACCUGCAUCUGUGGCUGGCAUCUUCAGAGGAUUUCUCUGAAGCUCAGUAGAUGAGGCAGGGCAGUUCUGGCAACUGUACGAAACAAGCAGAGAGGUGGCUUUUUACAUGCACUUUAAGAAGGAAAAGACUUCUGUGAUGUGUGAUGCAGUAAUUUCGGUCUAGAUUGAUGAUGCAUGCUACAACGUGUUGUGUUUAGAUUCUCAGAAGAUGAGAUCCUGCAGCAUAUAUGGCAAGGAACACAUUUGGUCUGGGAAGAAUAAUAAGUUCAAUUUCAGGGGAAAGACAGGAUAUCAAUCAAACUGAUCUAUCAUAAAUAUUGACAGUAUUCCACAAGUUUUAAAAGCCUAACUUGAAUAAGAACAAACCGUCUUAGAUGUUUUGCUUUUUCUGAGGACUUCUCAAAUGCCUACAAUAAUAGUAUAAGCUAUGCAGUAUUAGGACAGGUAAUAAGAGGAACAUAAAUGACCAAGGAAGAUAAAUCACUGGCUAUCUGCUAGUGAGAGUUAAACAAUCAUGGGAAUCCCAUCUAUCAAAUAUUGUCUGACCUCAUGGAUGAGACUAUUGGGAAUUCCAGUUGUGCAAAUAUACGUCAGCUCCUGGAAUGCUGUGUGUCACUCAAAAUGAUAUUUUCCACUCUGCUUACCCUGUAGUGACUCAAUACAUUCCUCAGCAUAUCAGUUGGAAGUAAUUAGGGGAUUUGCUUUUUUGCACACUUUUCAUGCAAGUAAGCACAACUGAAUAAAGUUGGACUUACUUUCACAUUCAUGUCUUUAGGAUUGAGCUGAAUAAGUGUGUCAUACAUUUCUUCCCCACCACUUAACCCCCAAUCUAUUGGAAAGACAAUGUUUUAAAUUAGACAGUUGCAAUAUUUUUGAUAAUGUAUGAUUUGCUUAUAAAAGAAAAAGUGAAAUCCACAACCAUGAAAAAGAAAUAAAAUAUUUGCAAUCAGCUUCAGUGGGAUAUGGAUUACACUCUAAUUGUUCUUUUAUCUAAAUGGCAAUACUGUUUUGUAGUAGACAAGGUACUGUAUUUAAGCUAUAGUAAGUAUCAGGUUUGGUCUGGUUUGAUUUGUUAAAGAUUUCUUUGUCAGAGGCUAAAUGUUGUUUGUUCCACUGAAACCAGUGGGGUUUGCUUUCGAAUAAAUGUGUUUAGGACAGAGAAGCAUGGCCUGGAUGAUGAGUAGUAAUGCAUGCAUCUUCUCUACAUUCAUAUUUCUGCAUUAACAACUCCUAUUUAAUUCUUGUGAAACUUCAACUGCGGGGUUGUAAUGCAUGGCACUUACUGCUUGCUGAUCUCUGUUGUUUCAACUGUAAGAUGAAAUAGCUCAGGGGAUUUCUGUUUUAUCACUACUAAAAGGGCACCAUGUUAUGUUUUGGUACUUCUUGCAGCAAACAUCUGCUGCGUUUGACUAUGAAUUAUGACAAAUGCUUAAACCCAUUUUUGUCUACCCUGUUUUAGAAACUUGACGAUGUAACUGGGUUUCAUCUUUUAAGAAACUUUUAGAGUGCCUUUUUAUAUUUCUGUAUGCUGAGUAUGUAUUGUGAAAAUGUCUUUCUUUCAUUUGAGUGAUACUGAAGCAAUAUAAUACCUAUACAUUUUCAUUUCAAAUCUUAUUUGAAUGUUUUUUUCCUUUUAUAAAACAAAAUUCUACUUGUGUUAACAUGGAAAUUAAUAUGCUAAAUUGUGCAUAACUUUUUGAAGUGCUGCAAACAACUUUCUUAUUACACAAAGAAAACCUUAGGUCAGUGUUAUUGGGAAGGGUGUUUUAAAAUGGUGACAAUCUUGAGUGUGUAUAAAAUACAAUUAUAUGUGUUUGUAAUGCAGUGAUAUACAUAUUAAAAGCCAAUAUCUAAUGUUUUGUAGUUUUGUCUUCAUAUUUUAUGCUUUUAGCAUGUGCAAUAUAUCUUUACAAACCAUGGUGAUAUGAAUCUGGUGCCAGUGUUACAUUUUGUAUGAAAUGUUUGUAAUAAACAAUAUGAAAUAUU